UGAGGGAUAAUGAGUGUGUUAACGAGGCAAGGUUAAUGAGGAGUUGAGAUGGAGAGUGCGCAGGUGAGGGCAGACAGUGGGGUGCGGGAGGCACGGAGCGGAGGCUGGUGGAGAGAGGCAGCAGUGCCAGUCAGGUUGUGAGCGUUGCACCGCCACCACCGUCCGCCAGCACCUCGCCCGCGUCUCGCUGCUCAGUGGUGUACAGAGAGCCCAGCGUCCUCGUCUCCCACAGCCCCAGUGACCCGCUCCCUUGGCCCCGCUGCCCUCGGGCACAGACAGGUCUGAAGGGGAGCCUCGGUGGUGUGGGUGACCAGCCAUGUCACCCACAUUGUACCCGCCGUCGUCCGCGCCCUCUUCAAUCGCGGGGGCGGUGUCCUCGGGCGUGCCCAUGGGCCUUAAGAUUCUGGCCCAAACGCUUCCUGAGCUUCAGGUGCCCGCCGUGACCGACAAGGAGGAGGAUUCCUUGGAGGCACAGUACAACGGUGGGAUAGUGAACGGAAACGACGAGCUGGCCACGGUCGCCCCAAGCCCUCGAGUUACUUCCAUCAUCGCCGACGUGAUCAGCAUGUGUGAUAACUGCACCGCCAACGAGACCGAGAACUGUACUCUAAACUUCCCCGAGGACGACCCCGCUAACACGGAGAGAAACUACUGGACUCUGCUGCUCCUGCUGUUCCCAGUGUUCACCGUGUUUGGCAACAUUCUGGUGCUCAUGUCCGUGUACAAGGAACGUUCGCUGCAGACCGUCACCAACUACUUCAUAGUGUCCUUGGCGGUCGCCGACCUGCUCCUCGCCUCCAUCGUCAUGCCCUUCGCCGUCUACUAUCUGAGACACCUCAUCUAGCUGACCCUUUGCCGCUAGGUUGCUGCAGUCAAGGCCAUGUUGGUCCCACCAUCGCCCAGUGUAGCGUUAACGAUAUCAUUAACCCCUUGGAUGCGGAUUUCCUACAAGAAGCCAUUCCAUCACCAAGCUACAGGAGUGGAACAAAAAGUGGUUGCUCCAAUUUAGUGGAGAAAAAUGUGAGGUCAUGCAUCUUGGGAGGGAAAAUCCAGCAUAUCAAUACCACAUGGGAAACACUCCACUGCCCACCACAGAGGCACAGAAGGACCCGGGAGCAUAUGUUACCAGGCUACCAGUGAAGGCGAAAUCCGUGUCAAUCGCAGCGGACGGGUUAAUGAAUCAGAGAGGCUGUUGAUUGAAAAAAGUGUAGGAGUAUCAUGACACCUAAGGAACUAAACUGAAAAUCUUUUGGGGGUUUAAAUACCUGUAUAGGAAAAAAUUUCGAGGCCCAUUUUUUUUUUUUUUCAUAUCUUGGAGUAAUCCUUUCAGCAUAAAAUAUAAUAAUGAGUUCAAAGAGUUAUCAAGGAACUUUUGAUCUCACUUCUUUAUGCAGAAUCUCACGCCAUUAGUCCAGGUUAGUGAUCAGGUCCCCGGACACUCACUCCCUUUUGACGAAGCAGAUGUUCACAGGCGCCCAUUGAGUUCUUUUCACCGAGGUUUUCUCGAAAAAGUUGUUACGGGGAAUCAAAAUGACUGACAAAAUGAAUAUGUUGUUAAGGAGA